AUGGCUACUCCUGCGCAAUGUUACUUCUGCUUCGAAACGCUAGCAGCUUCUUUUAAUGGAGCUAAAUCUCCAAAGCUCUCAGUAGUUGAAGAGUUAUGGGCAGAGUUUGAGGCUGCAAAGACUCUUGCUUUACGCGCAGCAGAAGAUAAAGACAUGGAGGAUGGAGGCUCUGUUGAACCCCAUGUAGACGACACUGAUGGUCAAGGGCAGCAGGGUGAUAUGGACAAAGGACAGACAUUCUCGAACGCCCUGCAGCCACCUAGUAUUCGCCGUCUUCAAAGUGUGGCUUCGUCGGGUUCAUCCAGUGCAUCAACUUCCACCCCACCAGCACUAUCUGCCAGUUCUUCUCGUUCUGCACUGACGAGCAAUACUUCUAUAUCAUCCAGCCCUAGCCCUAAUACUUCAUCUAUCUUCUCUCAACCCAAACAUAGCUACAGCGAGACACUUCGCAGCACGCCUGCGGGUGCGUCAUACCCACUCUUUGUGACAUGGAAUACGGUCUCCAGGAGCGGUAAUAAGUCCCUCCGAGGCUGUAUUGGCACUUUUGAGGCCCAAGAGCUGAGUUCUGGCCUGAAAUCAUAUGCGUUGACAUCGGCAUUUGGAGACACCAGAUUCUCCCCAAUACCAUCCCAGCUUCUUCCCUCUCUUUCCUGCUCUCUGACUCUUCUCUCAAACUUUGAGACUUGUUCUCAUGCGCUUGAUUGGGAGUUGGGGACGCAUGGGAUCCGCAUAUCGUUCAUCCACAGAGGUAGACGAUAUGGUGCUACAUAUCUUCCAGAUGUCGCUGUUGAUCAAGGGUGGACGAAGGAAGAAACCGUGGAGAGCCUUAUGAGAAAGGCUGGAUGGGAGGGGACAUCGAGUGCAAGCAGUGUCACUCGUCGGUUCCUCCGUUCUGGGAGCUCUAGUGGUGGGAACCCAGAUAGGCCCUGGGAAGAUAUGUCCGAGUUCAAGACGGUCAGAUACCAGGGUCUGAAAGCCAGUGCAUCUUAUCCCGAAUGGCAAGAGUGGAGAAAGUGGGUGGAAUCUUCUCCUGAUCGUUUAGCAACCUUAGAGGCGUCGCGUUAG